CCCGCUGAGUGGGGGGGUUCGACUGCUGCUGACCGCAUCUAACCGUGUGCUUCUGCCAAAAUCUUGCUGUUAUAGGCUGAGGGAACAUAAGGUCCUGGGACUUUUCGCUCUGAAGUUGAUGUGAUUGAAACUAAUUGGGGAUAUCUUCAGUAAAUAACUUGCUGCUUACAGAAACGACUGAAAUAACUGAAGUUGUGAAAUACAGGUUCACAUAACGCUAGGGACCAAAGAAGCAUAAGUAACAUUUCCAUGGUGCUGGGACCAGUCUGUUGAGAGAAGAUUUCUAAAGUAACUUUUUAACUACAUCGUGUUUGUCCUGAGACUAUCUUGAGAGAAGAGCUCAAGAGAGGAAGAAUUUUCACAUCAGAACCAUUACAAAUAAAUCUAUUUAAAGAACUUGCUACUUGGGGAUACUUUUAUAGAGAUCAAGUCCUGGUUCUCAACUGUGCUCACACUUCACACUGUAAACAAUGAGUGAAUUCUGGUUGUGUUUCAACUGCUGUAUUGCAGAACAGCCUCAGCCUAAAAGACGUCGACGCAUAGACCGAAGCAUGAUUGGGGAGCCAACAAACUUUGUUCACACAGCUCACGUUGGAUCAGGAGACCUAUUCAGUGGAAUGAAUUCGGUGAGCUCAAUUCAGAACCAAAUGCAAUCCAAGGGAGGCUAUGGAGGUGGCUUGUCUGCAAAUGUUCAGAUGCAACUUGUAGAUACAAAAGCAGGAUAACCUUGGGGAUAUCUUUCUAGUUUAUGUGAGUUUCUACAUCUUCUUUCCUGUGUCCUCUCUUUUGCCUUGGUGACUGCUUUCUGUGUUCAUGAAAAGAGAGAAGUAAUGGCUUAUUGUUCACCCUUUGUGAUCACUCCAGUGAAAAGUUGCUGCUCUGCUCUGAUGAUGCCAUUUAUCAGAUUGGUCCAACUGUGCCUUUCAAUGGCAUGCACACAUUGGCCUCUACCAGUACCAUGGACUUGGAGCUUUUUAGGGUUGUUUUUAGGUUAUUGUUUGUUCUAAGGCAAAGCAAAGCACCAGCCUUAGCUUCCCUCACCCCUCACAAAUACUAAUGCACAGCCUUAUGUUGCUUUUUAUUCUUUAAGUCUUUUUCUCCACUCAUGUAAUUCUGAAAUGAUUGAGUUUCCAGUAAUGUUUUUAAUCACUCAUUGUUCAUAUCAAUUUUUGAAAGGUCUGGGACCUGCAAGCACAAAUGAUUAUUUCUUACAAAAUCAGCAGAGUAGAUGACUGCAUGCUUUGUGAGGUUGCUUCGUAUGGUGGCCUGUUUGGUGCCAGAAAAAUAACUAUGUAUCGCAGACAUAUGAUACUGUUGCUGGUGAAGAAUUACGCUGUGACACAAGUCAUGCCUGUUUCUGAAAAAGGAGGUGUAACUUAGCUGCUUCAGAGUUAUGUCUUUAUUUUAGUUUUAAUCCAAUGGGUCUUGAAAUAAUAAAGAGAAAGCUUGCAUUCAUGAGGCAUUUGUUGUAAAUGUUUGGUAAACCAGUGUAGUACCGUAUCUAAGUGUUGUGGAAGCGCUUUAGACAAUUUAGAAGGCAUCAUGUUUGACUGCUUCUUUUUCUUUUUACAGUUUUUCUUAUUUUAGGCUGUGUGGUCAUUUCCAGUGGCAGCAUGUCAGACUGCCUGCAAUAUUAGCUAAAAUGUUUAGUAGACCUCUCUAAGUAGUUGGCUGUUUCUGUGUACUAAAUAUUUAGGGGCCAUGGAAGUUGCUAAGAGCGACAUACUAAUCUGGCAGAACAGAUGCCAGUGAAAACAACAUACAGGGUGACUUUUUACUAAGUCAGUAUAAAGCCUUUUGCUCAGGUUCCAAAGCAUGUUUCUUUCACACGUUGUGAAACUUGUAUUUUAAUAUUGCACUGUUUUCUGAUUUUCUCUGUAAAUGGUCUCUUUUCCUCCUUGCUGAUAGUUUGGAAAAAGUCAGUGAUGCUAGUCCUGCUUGAGUUAUUUUUUUAUGUGAAAAAAAGCAUUCCAAGAAGGCGUAAGUGAGCCUAGUCAGAUCCAUUUUUGUGCAUAAGCACGCACAUGCUUAUAAAUAUAGACUGCUGUCAUAAGUGAUUCUUUAUUCUUUUUCCAUGCUUUCUCUGAUUUCACAUUGCAACAACUGUUAGAUUGAUUCAAAAAUGUAUAAACCUACUGCUCUUCUCUCAGUUCACAAUCACCACACCAAAUGCACGAUGGAGGUAGUUUGUUUCCCCUCAGUAGUAUUUCUGUGGUAGAUGUCAGUUAUCUGGUUGAAUAGCUCCAGUUUGGCUGUUUAGUCUUCACUGAUAAAGGUACUGAUUCAUGAUGACAGAAGAUCAAGACGUUCAGUUCUCUGGGUACAUAAACACAUGGCAAUGAAGUAAUUUUUUUUAGGAAUCAGCAUUUCCAGUGCCAUGUAAAUCAAUGAGUCUUAAAUACACAAUGAUAAGAAAAUGAUUUCUACUUUGACAUCGUUAACAGCAGCUUAAAUUUGAUUGCCAAAAUGACCUUGCACUUGUUAAAAUGUUUUCUGCUCACCAGAAAAAAAAAUUGACGUAUUUUUAUAACACAUACUUUUUUUUGUACAUCACAUUCAUUCUUGAAAAAAGUCAGUUCAGUGUUGGCUUGUAGAUACUAAGAGGAAAAUAUUGACAUUGAUUCAAUAAAUGUUUUCUUUCAGUUGGUGGCCUAUCUUUUUCUUUUUUAUAGCUUACAUUUACAUUAGAAAACAACUGCAACUUACAAAUUUGUGGUGAAAAUUCUCAGGAUAACUUCUUAAUAUGGGUAACAGGUGAUUGGUAAGGCUUUUUCUUUCAUGUUUCUUGACCAUUUUGUUGUCAAGUGGAUUAAUCUGUUGUUUGAUUAGUAGUUUUGUUUCGCUGAUUUAGUGUGUAUACCAAAGAACUUCGCAAGGAUUGUGGAGAGGAGGUUCUGCAGUAAGAUACUGAUUAAGGGAGUGGAGCAUCUCCCUUAUGAGGACAGGCUGAGGGAGUUGGAUAUCUUUAAUUUGGAGGACACUGAGAGGUGACCUCAUUAAUGUUUAUAAAUGUGUAAAGGAUGAGUGUCAGGAGGAUGGUGGCAGUAGGUGCAAGCUGGAACACAUUAAGUUCCACAUAAAUAUGAAAAACAACUUCUUUAUGGUGAGAGUGACAGAACAGUGGAACAGGCUGCUCAACAAGGCUGUGGGGUCUCCUUCUCUGGAGACAUUCAGAACCCACCUGGACAUGUUCCUGUGUGACCUGAUCUAGAUGUUCCUUCUCCAGCAGGGGGAUUGGACUAAAUGGUCUUUCAAGGUCCUUUCCAAUCCCUGACAUUCUGUGAUUGUGUGAUAUAAAUGGGAUUCCUUCAUUUUUCCUUUUGACAGCAGAAGUGAUGUGUAUGUUUCCUUAUCAAUUGUAAUGCAGAUUACUUUACAGUGGAGAUCGUUGAGCAAUUAUACACGUGAUUAUAGUAAUAUCCAAAUCUGCAUUAAAUAUCCCUUUAAGUCACA